GCACAUGAGGACAGAGCAGAUUCUGAACUGGCCAGAUGGGUCGAGUGUUGCUUCGUCUAUACUUCUUUCUAUGUUGCCUUGUCACUUCCUCAUAUCACCCUCUGAGCCUGUCUCACGCAAACAGACAUGCUAUCCUAAGGACGCAAUGUCUCUCGCAGCUAAAACCUGCUGGCUCCUUCUCUGCCUGACUCUGCUGCUUCGCCCUCAAGGAGCUGUGAUGGGGGAACAUGUGAUCACUCAGGUCCCGAGUCUGGUCCAUAGGACUGAGGGGCAGUCGGUCACUCUCAACUGUACUGUCCGUAAUACAAGUGCUGGAGCAACAAGGUGGAGCAGAGACACAGGCAGAGGCAGACAGCCCUUCUUCAAUACAGGAGGUGGGGCCAGUGACCCCCGCGUGGCCUUUAUAUUAGAGAACCAUCUAACAGACAAGUCCAUCAGAAUAGACAACCUGACCCUGGGGGACUCUGGGGUCUAUUACUGUGACAAGUACAGACCAGGUCCCUCCAGUGAGAUCGCAAUCCCAGGACCAGGAGUGACUCUGACAGUGACAGUAAGACUACACAGUCCAGAGCUCCAGGGCCCUAGUGCUGGCAGAGUCGUGGUGCCAGGAAGCAUCAGUCUGAACUGCAGUGUGAUUGGACCUCAGGGCACGGUCCUGUCCUGGAGAAAGAACAGUAAUCGAAUCAGGGAGAAACCGAAGGGGCAGCUCGGCAGUGUCUUCAAUCUGGACAUUACAGCAGAAGACAUCAGUAAUAACAUCACCUGUGAAGCAUCGCACUUUAAUACAAGCAAGGAAAAGACCAUACAACUCAGAGACCACAUCGGCAGAGCUGUGUUGGGGGAAGAUCUGAUCACUCAGGUCCCGAGUCUGGUCACUGGGACUGAGGGGCAGUCGGUCACUCUCAACUGUACUGUCCGUGAUACAAGUGCUGGAGCAGCAAGGUGGAGCAGAGACACAGGCAGAGGCAGACAGCCCUUCUUCAAUACAGGAGGUGGGGCCAGUGACCCCCGCGUGUCCUUUAUAUUAGAUAACCAUCUAGCAGACAGGUCCAUCAGAAUAGACAACCUGACCCUGGGGGACUCUGGGGUCUAUUACUGUGACAAGUACAGACCAGGUCCCUCCAGUGAGAUCGCAAUCCCAGGACCAGGAAUGAAUCUGACAGUGGCAGCACAGCCUGAUGCUUCUCCCAGUGUACAAGCAGCAGUGAGACUGGCAGUGUUUGUACUGGUGACACUGGCUGUGCUGGUUCUGUGCAUCUCCCUGUACAGAGCGAGAGGAACUCUACCAGGAGGCAGGACUAGGGAAGGAGAAGAGAAGGUGACCGAGGAACGAGACACAGUUUUCUAGAUGAACCUGUGUGCACUCUAUGUCAUCAAAAAACUCAACACCACUGAGCUCCACACUCACAGCCCUGCACACUGAUUAACCCUG